GUGUCAGUGAGCGAAAGCGCGUGCGCGCGGUUAUGCGUGCGUGUGUGCGUGCCUGCGUACGCAAGGAACGCUCACUUUUUCUCUUUUCUCCUUGUCUACUUCGAGCAAAAAAAUAAGCGCGAAGAGCGACACUAUCAUCGGUGCGUAAUUCCAUAUGCCAACGGACAGCUGUACGCACAGUGCUGACGCGAUGAUUCGCGAGAGAACGUAGCGGCAGCAGCAGUAGCGUGCGAUGGCCGAUCUUCCGCUGCUACACGCGAACAAAGAGAUCAUCAUCCGAGUAAACAUCUGUAGGAGAAAGUUUGUUGUUGCAGCGUGUACACUCUGUAAUAUGCAGCGGGCGCGCGUAGCGCAGAUAUAGCGCACGCAAUGACGCCCUGUCAGAAGCAGCAGACGACACGCAAGCACUACAGCUACCGCUGCUACCAAACUCUCGUCCGAAAUUUUAUUUCCGAUACUCUUGGCGUUGCGCGCUUAUAUGAAUGUUGCGUGUGCGUUAUACAGGUCAGUAGCGCGACGAACACCUGUGGAGCUCCGCACGUGUUAUUUUUUCUUUCUUCGCGCACGUGAUAUGUAAUUGCUAUCUACAGCUGAGAAAGUGAGAGAGAGAGAGAGAGAGAGAGAGAGAGUGAAUAACCAGGACUGCUUGCAGAUAACUAAUCGCUCACACCUUUUGUAUUUGCCAAUAUUCUCGGUGAGCGAGAGGCCUAAUUUAACCGGAGACUUUCUCGCGGCGAGUAGAGCCCGAAUGAGGCAGAUAAAAGUGAAGCACAGAUCAACGUAUAUUACUCGCCGAGUAAAAAACCCUGGAAACAACUUCUUACGUGAAAACUAGUUCUUUAAAUAAAAUAUCGGUUUGCGAAAUAAUGUAGACUGUCGAUGCGUUGUUCAUCAAUAAUUAGACGUGAUUUUUUAUCAAAUACGAAUCAAAGGGACCUGUCUCGUCAAUUUCAAAAUGUUUCGGUCCAUGCAAACAAACGGUUACGAGGCCAAAUUUAAGUGUUUAUUAAUAAGAAAACUUAUUCAAUCGAAUAGUUUAAACAUUGAUGAAUCCAAAACUAUAAGUAAUACACACUCUAGUUUUUGAUCGAUCAUAUUUGGAGCCGAGAUUCGAAGAAAUCUGCUUUUGUACGUCUGUUAUACGAUAAGCAAGUAAUAUACGUUAAUCUGCCUGGCGUUAUCUCUCUUGUCGUUCACUCUCACUCGGUCUCUUCGUGCGCGAAGAGUAGGCUUCGCUGAUUUAAAUAUACCGCAGUUCCAUUCCAAACCUAGUUUGCGCUGCAGGAUACAUUUUCAACGCGCUCGCGUCUAGAGGUGAGUGCUCGAUUGCCAUGUAUUAUUUAAAUUCAACGGCAGACACACGAUUGUUUGGCCCGAUCGCGGAAUAAGAAUAAUUUAUUUCAAAGAAUGCGGGUGUCAAGAAAGUGUUGCGUGUGCGCAAAUCAGCUAAAGACAAAGAACACUUUUCAGUUUUCUUCGUUGCUUUUAAAGUUGCUGGUGACUCUCCAACGGUACAGCCGACAAUAAAGGAAGCUUUGAGAUGAGACUGGCGCGCGAUGAUCGACUUUUAUGACGAAGAGAUGCACUAGAAUUGUCGUGGAGCUGCAACAGCAGCCGGCGCCUUAUCUGUCAGCGACAAGCUCUCACAUUUUUUUCGCUUUGACAUUUACUGAGUCCCACGAGGAUGUCCUGGUGGCAGCGACUCUCGUCCAACCGGCCGAUGGCCUUUCUACGACACGCGUCCCUCGGCUGGCAAAGACUGUCCGGGUGCUUCUGGAAAUGGGCAGGCUGCAGCUUGGUAGACGACGAGUUAGAGACGGUGGAAGAACGCAAAGAGCGUCACAAGAGCCUCUUUGUCAUCUAUUUCACGAUGUUCCUCAUGUCUUUGGGCUUCAGUAUCGUGCUGUCUGGUGUCUGGCCAUAUUUACACAAGUUGGAUCCAUUGGUGAGCAUGUCGUAUAUGGGCUACGUCGUAGCAGCGAAUCCUCUUGCUCAGAUGAUCUUCUCGCCGUUGGUUGGUUGGUGGGGUAAUCGGCGUGACUCCAUCAGAUUCCCCAUGCUUGUCACCCUCGCAUUAUUCACUUUUGCGUCAAGCCUCUACAGUGUCCUUCAAAUUAUGCCUGGCGAUCAGAAGUUUUUCAUGACUGCCUCAAGGUUCCUCGUCGGCGUCAGCUCGGCGAACAUCGCGGUGGCGCGCUCUUAUCUGUCUGCUGCUACCAGACUCUCCGAGAGGACUCAGGCUGUCUCCCUCGUCUCCCUUGCACAGGUGCUCGGUUUCGUUGUAGGCCCGGCGUUGCAAAUGGCGGUGACUCCUUUAGGAGACCGCGGCACAAGCAUAAUGGGUCUGCCUAUGAAUAUGUACACAGCGGCCGGUUGGAUCAACGUACUUAUGGGAAUGCUGAAUUUCGCUCUUUUUCUGCCCGGCAGCUUUAAGGAGCGCAAGAUCGCCGCAAGGGAGGCCAUGCGGGAGCAAGGAAAAGCAUCCGGUAUAAUGAGCUACUGGCAAUCAUUAAUUCAGCAUUGCCUGCGGCACGCGUUGCGCUGUAAACAAAGCGCGCCCCGCUCAUAUUUUACGAGUGUGCGAAUCCUCGGCCCACCUACUUGUUGUAUGCUUUCAGAGAAGGAGACUUGGAAAUCCAUGAAACCGGAUUACUUAGCUGCCUGGACCUUGAUAUGGGCCUUCUUUAUCUUAGUUUUCAACUUCGUGCUACUAGAAACACUGGGUACCGUGCUGACGAUGGAUCAAUUCGCCUGGGACAACGAGGAGUCGGUGUUCUACAUGGGCCUCCUAAUGAGUGUCGGCGCUGUGGUCGCUUGUGCCACGUUCGUCCUGAUAAAGCCGCUCUGCCAGAGGUUUGACGAGCGACGCGUUAUGCUCUGGGGUGGCUUCUUCUUCAUGGUGGUAGGCCGUGUCAUUUGCAUUCCUUGGGGUCCCGAGCCACCGAUCAUCGCCGAUCUUGGACCAUACUUUAACGAGACAGUGGAUCCGCUAACGGGCAAGGACAAGUUGGGCUGCCCGAGCAAGCACGAAUGGUGCUACUAUACGCCAAGGAUGACAGUAUUACAAUUCGUGAUCGGCUACGGAUUCACGACUAUCGGUUAUCCGGUCGGUGUCACCCUUAUCCAAACGAUCUUCAGCAAAGUGCUGGGCCCACGUCCACAAGGUGUAUGGAUGGGCCUGAUGACCGGUGCAGGUUGCGCCUCGCGCGUCAUGGGCCCCGUAUUCGUAAGCCUCAUCUACACUCGCCUCGGUACCUAUUGGACUUUCGGUAUCACUGGACUCACCCUCAUCGUCUGCAUGGUCUGGCUACCGUUGGUCAAUAAGCAUCUCGUCCCAGCUAAAGCUCGCGACCAGCAUGAUGACAUGGCCGAUAACAAGCUGCCAGCGGUCGAAGUGCCGCUCAUGUCCGUAGCAACUGAACAGCUGACAGCACCUCCUGCUGAACCGAUGGACCUCAAAGAGGCACAAAGUCUUGCUGAAACCGUUUGAACACUACCGCUAAAACCACGUGUUGACGAGGACACCCAAAUGCUCUGACGGUCUGGCGCCACAGCAGCAGCACGCAGAUUCUCAACGCUCCCGCUUUUUACGAGAGAAGAGCGGGAUUUUACUUUCACGGGAUGCAGAAGAUUCUUGGGAGAGAACGAGAAAAGAGAGAUAGACGACGUGGGAAAAUUACGAGAUCGCGCGCAGCACGUUACCGUUUUUCCCUUUUUGCUCUCUUUUUUGGCGUACAAAAAUGUUUACGGAUUGACCAACGAAAAAAAAAAAAGAAAACAACGACAAGUCUGCUAAAACCACGAUAACUUUAUCGCGUUCGUUGCGAUGAGAUCAGAUAUAGUUUUUUACCGAUAACCUGCAUUUAGUUCUAGGUUUUUUAUAUGUGUGCCGUCAGUCUACUCUGGGAUUAGAUCACCAUUUAGUCUAUAAUGCCACCAUUUAUUCAUGUGAUAAUAUUGGCUAUAUUUUUUGAUAUUCGUGAAAAAGUGAUAUCGUUCAAAAUAUAUCAUUACGUUAGAUAAUGUUAAAUUUUUGACAAAAUGAUUUUUAUACAACUGAUAUAAAUAAUCUUAAUUAUGACGUAACAUAUAUUUUUUAUAGUUAUAUUUUAUAUGUGCAAUGACAAUGAUGACUGCUGUUUGUUAUACUUUUAUACAAGUUGUACUUACGCAUAAAUUUAAGAUACCACACUCGAUAUUUAGUAUCUAUUUAUUCUAAACAACGAUGCAAUAAUAUUCAACAGUUUUGCCAAUAGAAAUGUGAGAUUAUUGAAAAGUAAUUUUCAGUUUGAGUAACUGUUGGACAGGCUAUGAUAUCAUGAUAUUAUUAGUAAUCAGUUAUGAAAAUAAAACAAAAUGCGUCUACUAGUGCCUUUGCGACGUGUGAGUAAAUGAUUAAGAAAAACAUUGGAAUGAAUAUUUGCGUGAAGCAAUUUUAGAUUAUGAAAGUGAACUGCGAUAGGGGAGAGCGAACGCGUGAAAGGGCAUUCCGAAGCCAUAUAGACAAUCGAUCAGCAUAUGAUUGAAAUCGAAAAUAUUCCACUCGAAUUGGAUUGGUCGAUUAAUCAACUCUCAUUACAUACUCUCAGCAGAAGACAAUCUUGCCUACAGUCGUGCGUGUUCGAGAGAAAUGUUUGACGGUCCAAGUAUAUAAACAACUGUAAGGUUUUUUUAAUAAACACAAUGCCAAUCAGCUCCAAGUCUAUUUAAC